AAUGAACAAAGGAAACAAAUAGCCCCUGGGACCACAAGUGUGUUUUGUAAACUGAUGCCACGAGGCAGAUAUGAGAAAGAUGACUGAACAGAGUGGUUGCUAUAGGCCUGUAAACAUACAGGGAAAUAAGAUCAGUUACAAAGGCUCUUGCAGAAAAAGCCCAGAAAUGGGGAUGAAAAGACAGCAGAAGCGGUUUCUCCACAAGGAUGGCAGCUGCAAUGUGUACUUCAAACACAUCUUUGGGGAAUGGGAGAGCUACGUGGUUGACAUAUUUACCACCCUGGUGGACAUCAAGUGGCGUCACAUGUUUGUCAUCUUCUCCCUGUCCUAUGUUCUGUCAUGGCUGUUCUUUGGACUGGUCUUCUGGCUGAUAGCAAUGCAACACGGAGAUUUAUUGAACGAUGAAGAAACAACCCCCUGUGUUGCAAAUGUUCAUAGCUUCACGGGGGCAUUCCUGUUCUCCCUCGAAACCCAGACGACCAUUGGUUAUGGUUACCGCUGCGUUACAGAGGAGUGCUCUGUGGCAAUCCUGAUGGUUAUCCUGCAGUCAGUACUAAGCUGCAUUAUCGACACUUUCAUCAUCGGAGCAGCCUUGGCUAAAAUGGCCACAGCUCGAAAAAGAGCUCAAACCAUUCGUUUCAGCUACUAUGCUGUGGUAGGUCUGAGGGAUGAUAAAUUUUGCCUGAUGUGGCGCAUUGGUGAUUUCCGACCAAACCACAUGGUGGAGGGCUCUGUACGAGCUCAGCUCCUGCGCUACAAGGAAGACAAGGAAGGAAGGAUGACAAUGGAAUACAAAGACUUGAAGCUGCUGAAUGACCAGAUCAUACUUGUUACACCAGUGACAGUAGUGCAUGAAAUUAAUAGUGAGAGUCCUUUGUAUGGUUUGGAUCGGAAAGCUUUGGCCAAGGACAACUUUGAGAUCUUGGUCACGUUUGUCUACACAGGGGAUUCAACAGGAACUUCACAUCAGUCAAGAAGCUCGUACGUGCCCAGAGAGAUUCUUUGGGGCUAUAGGUUUAAUGAUGUCUUACAUGUAAAGAAAAAGUACUAUAAAGUGGAUUGCUUGCAGUUUGAGGAAACUACAGAGGUUUAUGCUCCUCACUGCAGUGCCAUGCAGCUGGAUAGGAAGGAGCAAGAAUGGAAUCGAACAGAGAAGAUGCUGGAAAAAGAAGCAGAGACAUCAGUGACAGAAAUCAAAUCAUUAAGUGAAAACCAGAAAUCAUUUAGUGCGGUUGCCCUCAUCACCAGUUGUGAGGAUCCAGAAGACUCAGUGGCAACUGUCAGUCAGCCUUCUGGAGAAGCUUCUUAUCAGAAAGCAGCUGUGACCUUGAGCACACUAUCGCUGGAGUCACAAAUCUAGCUUUUCACUGCAAUUAAAAUCAGUUCCAACAACUUCUCCUAGCAUAGCUUUUAGAGUAUAAACAAUGAGCUCGUGUGCACAAGUAUUUACAUUAUAAGCCUCAUACUGUCAGCAUGCCUACAUUACAAUACUGAGCUGCUAAAAGGAGCUUCAUAAUGGUUAGUGUGGGUAUCAGUAACAGAUUAGUGCUGGCACAAGAAAGCAGCUUAUAUUUGGGUUGACUAGACAGCUACUGUGCUUGAGCAAACUUCUUCUAAACUUUAUUACCCUGCAGGGACUAAUGCUGAAGAUACCCAGAGAGAGAUAAUGAUCUAGGCAGAGAACAAGAACAAUGAAGUGUGCCCUGUAGGUCAGACAUUUCAAAACUGCCUAAUUUACUUGGGAGUUCAGUUCCCUGUCCCUCUGGGAGGCUCUGAAAUUCCUCUACCAUCACAGAAAAUGAUUGCUCUUGUGUGACAAUUGCCCCUCUCUGGUAGUUCAAGUGAAGCCCCUUUGCUGGGUGGCACUGGGGAACAUGUAGGGCUGUUCUAUAUAAGAGGAAGCCAAGUGGCAGUAAUGGAACCCAGUGUUACUGGGUAGCUUUGAGAACCUGCUAUACCCUCAGUUCUCUGAGAUACCCAAUGAGAUCCUCAGAGCUUUUCUCAUUUCUUUGUCGUGGGCUGCUCCCAUUAAUGCCACAGCCU